GUAUUCAGACGUCAUAAUUGCGUUCAUACAAUCCAAACAUCGUGCUCAAAAAGAAAGAGGAGCCUUGUCACUUGCCUUGCAAUCCUUUCAUAGUCUCCCCGGCAGCUUUACAUACGUACAUUGGACCACCAAACUAUAGUCUUCAUUACUGUCUUAAAAGGAGAAGAGGGAAAGCUCCGGACACGCCCCGCUACACACGCACAGCAUAGAAGCGAUCAGUCUUCCAGCGAACGUGAGUCUUUGUCGUUGAAAUAGUCUACUAUUUGUUGCAAAAAAGAAUACCCGAAAUCAAGUUUUGGUGAAUCGUCAUAAAACCUAAAUCAAAAUAAAGUAAAAUGGCAUCUAAUUUUGACAAACCAUUGGACGAGCUGGUUAAUAAUCGUGGCCGUGCUGGUUUCCGUGGGAGAGGGCGUGGCUUUAGAGGAACUGGACGUGGAGCCUCUGGCGGAUUUAAUUCAAAAAGAGGCGGAGCCAAUUUCCAUGAUCGGAACUUUGGAGCUAAAGUUGGAAAAACGGAACAAAAUGGAUUCUCGAGAAGUGAUGGAGGAGGAAAAGGCGGAGUCAAUGACCUCAGAGACGUUAUUAUAUCAAAGACAAAACCCAGUGUGACCGACCUCCGUUUAAAACUACCACCAAAACAGCUUUCAAAAGCAAAGGGAGGAGGAGGAGGAGGAUCAAGGCUAUCAAUAGGUAGCAGUACUAAUAGCAAGCUAGGAAGUGGAGGGAGGACAAGCAAGCAGCAGAUAAAAUCUUCAAAGACAUACCCCUCAAUGUCUGACCAUCAGUUGCUGUUCCAAAAGCAGCGACCUACAAGAAGUACCAGAAGUUUGAAGGAACAGUCUCCACCGUCUGGCCGUCGUCUACCAACAUCAUCCGAGGCAAAGAAGAUAACAGUAACCGUCCAAGGACUGAGCAAGACCACGAGCGAGAUGUAUCGUAAAGAGGAGAGACUUGCUACUGCCAUAACACGACAGAAAGAAAUACGCCAGCACAGCUUCAUGAAGAGCAGGGAAGAGUUCCUUGCGUCUGCCAUCACUUCAGCUCUUGGAGGAGGAGGAGGAGGGGCUGGAGUAGCCCCUCAAGUUCACAGUGUGAUAAGGAGCCAGCCGUCACAGCAGCAAUAUUCAAGGCAUCGCUCAACCUCUCCCAAUGACUAUCAUCAGUUUGAUUCCCGUGGGUACGAGCCACGUCCUCACUCAUUUGUUCCCCCUCCUCCUCCCCCCAGACAGCAGCAGCAGCAGCGUGGACUCACUACAGUUACUACUCUUGUUAUUUCUAAUCUUAAUGACACUGUCUCACGUAAUGAUGUUUCCGAGCUUUGUUCAGCUGUUGGGCCAGUAGAGACAGUCAAUAUGAUAGCACCUGGUGUGGCUGAAGUCACUUAUCGUUAUAAAGACGAUGCACUGGAAGCUUUUAAGAAAUAUAACCAGCGAAACCUUGAUGGUAUGCCUAUGGUCUGUCGCCUUCAGUCUGGUGCCGGUAGUGGCCGUCCUCGUAGCUCCAUUAACAUGAGCAUUGGUGGAUAUGCUAGUCGAAUGAUGGACUCUUAUCAAUCAGAGGCCCACCCCUCCAUGUUCAAUAGUGGAGGAGCUGGAAUGGAUGGUUUCUAUUAACACGAAUGAAUCGUUAAGGACUCCAUGACUUUAAUUAAAUAAAUGUCACACGUGUACAUACACUCUCAUGCACUCUGCAUAUUAUCUACUCUCAUUUAUUGGUACAAUGUGAACUGUUUGUUGGUUGUUGUUAAGGACUUAGGAUUCUAAGCUAAGUCUAAGAA